AUAGACAAGCCGUGGAGUGUGAGAGUGACACAUGGGUACAUUCCCCCACACCUGAGUACAGGAUUCUCUUAUCUCCCUGGUACUUCCAAUUAGACAGCUGUCAAGAAUACAAGAAUCAAAGUAUGCAGUGAAGUCAGAAUCGAUUCAAAGGUUUAAGAGACGAAGAAUAUAAGAGAGCAGAUACUUCCAACCACAUCAGUGAAUUAUCUUCUCAAAACUUCAACUCAAGACUAUGGGAAUACGAAGAAAAAAGACUAUGUCACAGUCCGUACUGUUCCUUACCGAAGUGCUAAGCCUUUUCCUUCCACGAACUAUUCUUGUUUCUGCUGUCUCUGCAGACUGCCAGUGCAUCGUGUUUGACAGUACUUACAACGAGGAAUAUGGCGUUUUCACUUCUCCUAACUGGCCUGUCCCUUACGAAGACAACAUCAACUGUCUUCUUUAUACCUUUAUCACGGAAGAAAAUUCUCUCAUUAAAGUGGUUUUCGAAGAAUUUGAUUUGGACCGAUCAAAUUUAGGUUGCAAGUUUGGAGAUUACGUCAAACUCUACCUACAUUUGAAGGAACCCUUCGUGAACCAGAACACCAGCCACAAUAUUUUUCUGUGCGGUAAGCUAUCUGAUAUUCAACAGACUCACUAUUCUUCUGGGGCAUCUCUCAUCUUCGAGUUUCAUUCGGACUGGCGACAAGAAAAUAACACAGGCUUUCGAGGAACCUUUCGUUUUUUUAAUAAAACUCUGUUUGAAACCGCUGGUGAGCUGAUAAACGGUAGCAAGUGUGAUUAUAACUUUAUUAGUAAUAUGACCAACGAAAGUAGGGGGCGCUUCUUUUCUCCACAGUACCCCAGCAUCUACCCCAAGAAUGUCGACUGUUCUUAUCGCUUUGCUGGAAAUCCCAACGAAAGAGUAAAAAUUAUUUUCGAGCAAGUUCAUUUACAGAAUAAUGACCUAAGCUGCCUGAUCAAUCCAGACAAGAUCGAGAUUUACGAUGGUGAAAGUAGUACAAGCCCUAUGAUUGGAGAGCUUUGUAACACCGAGAGUUUUGUGGAUUUUGUAUCAACGGGUCCUGAUUUGUUUAUCCUCUUUCGCAGUCGCGGCCAUUUUCCAUCUCAAGGAUUUAAAGCUACCUUCAUGUUUGAGAAUGAUACUGCCCUAGGAGAAGACCUAGAAACGCCGUCAAUGGGCCGCCGUCUCGGUGAUCGAGCACGAGAAUAUUUAAAACAUAUUACACUGUGGAACCAGGAUGCACCUGUGGGCAAACAUUUCACCAACAACAACAACAAUAUAGUUGAGGACUUUUCGAUUCUUGGACUUGUUAGUGGUCCGACAGUCAUUCAUAAAAGAGAACGACUGAAAAGGAGUUUAAUCUACAACGUGGAAACCCUACAACCAUCUGGUUUAAGUAAACGCUUUUCUUUCCUCUGUGCGGGCCCUACUGACGUUGUCAUGGUAUUCAUCACCAUCAACGGGCAGAAAGAGAGGCUUAACAACUUCUGUGGUAACAACCUCCCUCCUCAACUGAUGUCCAACGGUCCAUCAAUAUCUGUUGAAUUCAAGAGCUAUCAGCCUCUUUUAGCCCCGAAAGGAUUCCGGGCUAUUUACCGAUUUGUCACCAACUUUGGAAUAUCUGCUGGAGUACAAGACCCCCAACAAGUGUGUGGAUUCAUCUUUAACAGCACUGAAAGAACAAACGGUUCCUUCACAUCUCCUAACUACCCUGGGUUUUACCCUCGAGCGACAGAAUGUCAUUAUUUUUUCUUCGGAAGUGGAAAUGAGCGCAUUACUUUAACAUUUGCAUAUUUUGAUGUAGAGGGCGUUCCACCGUGUACGACUGACUUGGCUAGCGACUUUGUAGAAUUUUCCAACUUUCGUACAGUGGAUAGAAAAAUUCCAAGACACUGUGGUGUUAAGAAACCUAAAAUCAUCACUUCUGAUGGAGACUUUUUUCGCGUUGCCUUCAAGUCCAACGGAAAAUUUGAUGGAACAGGGUUUGAAGCUUUUUACCAAUUUCGAAAUUAUGUUGAUCCACUCACUGUGAAAAGAAUUUCAGGAGCAGAAAGUUUACGCCCUCGAAAACUCCACGUUAUUCCAGCAUUGGUGGCGAUUUAUUUUUAUUUGAUACAUCUAUGAAAUUUAAGACAAUACAUUGAAUUAGUGUCAAGAAUUGCACGAGAAUGAUCACGAGUUUCUAGGGCUUGCACUUUGAAUUGCCGUAUUGACUUUGAUAAGAUAGUGGCCUAACCAUUACAAAAUUCAGUUUGGUAGUUUGAAUUGCCGUAUUGACUUUGAUAAGAUAGUGGACUAACCAUUACAAAAUUCAGUUUGGUAGUUUGUGUCCCCGAAAUCGGAAAGACGUAAUAAAGAUUGUGCUGGUGUCAAACAAUCUGCAGCUGAAUAAAAGACUAUAGCUGUAGAUAAUGAAGGUUUAGUUUCACUCAUGUUAAAAAGCUUUAGCAUUCUAUUAUCUAGCGCCCUUAUUUAAGAAGUGGAAUUCUAGCUCAAAAAGGGAAGUUGAUUAGUGCCAAAACUUUCUUGGAAGUGCUUCUGUAUUGUAUGAUGAAAUGGCUCAAAACAAUAUAUUCACGUGUGAAGAUAAUAAAAUAUAUAUAUAUAUAUGUGUGUGUGUAUAUAAAAUUACCUGAAGAAAAAUUUAAUUAAACACACUUCUUAGUAUAAAUGGAUAAGAUUCAGUUUGAAAUAUAAGUGUGUAAAAAAAGGUAAUAUUUUUAUUGAUGUUGGCAAAGUUUAUCAAUUUCCAGGAGCUGAAUUUAUUAAGGUAUAUUUAAGAUAAACUUAGAAUAUUAAAUGUAACCGUUAAAACUUCUCUUUAUACUCAAUGUACAUAACUUUUUCUGGGUGUUAGGUAAGUGUUUUUACAUUGUAAGCACAUGAGCAAUGUAAGCUUUAAUCAAAGCAUGCUCGACUUGGAGUUACUUGAGUUUGUAUUCUGUUUGUUACCUUAGAAGGUUAAUAGCAACGGCGAUACAUGUUGUUGGAAUUGUUACAGUUAUAGUUGUGUAUAAAUGAAAUGUUUAAUGGCUUCAAGUACGCGAUGUAGGUAAUUCAGAAAAACACACUCUCCUGAUAAAAGCUCAUCUUAGUUUGAAGUAGCGCAGCAGAUUGUUUUAUCUAGAUAGAAGAGUAUUAUUAUACAAGUGUAAACAAUAGUUAGUUCAAGAAACGUAGCAGUAGCGUAACUUAGAAAUUUAUGUAUGUAUUUAACAUGACCUCCAAUUAUGUUACAAAUAAGAGCAUUUUAAUAUGUUUCGAGAUCUAACAUUAUUCAAACUCCUAAAUUACUUUAAGUUACUGUAAUGGUGAUUGAAAAGGACUUAAAAACCCGCAUUAAUGUUAUAAAACUUUUUCUGCUUGGACUAGGUUUAGUGAAUAGGUGAAACUUCAAACGUUUGGAUAAAUUUGGUAAUUACUUUCACGUUUUUAUUAAUUAGACGGUCAUUUUUAUUAUGAAUAGGUUAUUAGAUAAGUAGAAAUGUUCCAUUAGUUUGAUGUUUUAGUGGGUUUUUUCUCCUUUUCAACACCACGAGUAAGCGUUGUUAAAUUCAAUCCAAAAAUUAGAGACUAGCGGAGAUAGAUACGAUGAUCAUGAUCAUUGCCAUAAAUGCAUAAUUUACCGAAGAUAUUAGCACAGGGGGUACAAAAAUUAUAGACUAGCGGAGUUGACUAAGAUGAUCAUGAUCAUUGCCGUAAAUGCAUAAUUUACCGAAGAUAUUAGCACAGGGGGUACAAAAAUUAGAGACUAGCGGAGAUGACCAAGAUGAUCAUGAUCAUUGCCAUAAAUGCAUAAUUUACCGAAGAUAUUAGCACAGGGGGUAGCUUAUAUGCAGCUAACCAAAAGUUAUCUAUGCCAGCUAUCCUUAACUUUCAACCUAUAGACAAGAGGGAAGUCUAGUAAACAGCACCUACCGUCUCUCUUAUAACACACCCAUGACCCCAAAGAGCGGAACGCAAUUCUUCUUUUUUGCAGCAACAGAACGCGAAUAGUGAAACCUUCAUAUCCAUAAUCUGACACUCUAAUCACUAAGUGACCAUUUUAAUAACAACAGGUUAACAUAAUCCACAAAAAAUAUGUUGCUUUUCUCUAAUUUUUUGUUGCCGUUACGUAUCUUAACAUAAUAAUCAGCCUGCGUAUUAUGCUUAGGUAAUGUUUUUGAAUAAAGGCAGAGAAUGUUGGAUAAAAAAAUUAACAUAUUUUGAACAAUGAAUUAUUUUAGUAUAUUUUCAGCUGUAGAAAGCGGUCUUGUAAUCGGUGGACAUAUUAUUACAAUAUCGUUUUAUAUCAACUGUGGUUUAUUGGAUAACGCUUUAUUGUCUCAUAACUGUUAUUUAUAUGUCUUAUUUUUGUUUUAUUGAGGGGUAAAUGUUACAUUUAUAUUGUGAUGAACAAUCAAUUCUGCUUAAUGAUGCGAAGUAACUAUAAUUUUAACUCAACCUAAUGAGAAUUGCAUGUAAAUGUUGGAAAUUCUAGAUUUCUAAAUUUAUAUUAAAAAUUAAAAUAAAAUACUCCUGCACUUGGCUCAUUGAUAAAUCUAAGGCUUAUAAUGCCAAAAAUCUGGUUUCGAUACCCGCAUUGAGCAGAGAAUAGAUAGACCAUUGUGUAACUUUGUGCUCAGCAAAACAAAAAUGAACAAGUUAUUCACCCAGUUGAGUAGUAUCACUGUUAAUCUACCGGUUAUAAGGAAUUUGGGUAAGACUCUGCCAUUUUAACACAUUAGAAAUUGUUAAAUGUAAAAGUCAUUUUAGAUGUUAAUAAUUAUGUUAACAAAAUCAUAUUUAUUCAUAAAUGAAGUAUGGUGCAAUUUGGGUUUAUGAAAAUUAAACAUUACGAUUAUUAAAUAUGUUGACGGCAGUUUGGUCAAAACAAGGUAAACAAGUAAAUGUAUGAUACAGGAAAAAUAGGUUUAGGACAUUUAAGAGAGAAACUACAUAUUAUUCUGCAAAUCUUUACUUCAGUAAAUAAUUCGAACUAUGAUUAUUGAAAACUGGUGUUACACAAACAAUUACACGGAAAAUUACUUUAUUUCUAACUUGAAAUUAACUGUAGUUAUGAUCAUAAAAACUAGAGCAAGAAAUUGUAAAAAGUAAACUCUUUGGUCACCCUCUAAUCAAUCACUAAUAAAUUCAUUUUCCUUUGAAGUAUCUCAAACACGUAAGUUCAUUUAACAUAUUAAUGUUUGUACACCAAUACCUGAUUCUUUGACCUAUUAAUUAGUUUUAACUUAUGAAACAACAAAUGAUGCCUUAUUCAAGCAUUUAUUUUAUAGAUAC